UGAGUGGUUGACAUCAUCAGGCUGAGCGUUGAAUUACAACAAAUGGGGACUUACUUGGCCGGAGACGUGGGAAACACCCACUAAAACCUCGAAGUGCAUUUUAUUUAGGAGACACAGAGAGAGUGAAAGGGUAAGAGAGAAUCCUGCUUGGUCUGCUCCAAAGGAGGGUUAUCCUCAAAAGGGAGGCGUUUUGAAUCCUGGUUUCUUAAAUUCUACCUUCACCUCUGACUGAGGACCCCUGGACUUUGAAGAAACUCUUUGCUCUUAAUUUCCACACUGAUUUGUCAACAGUGGAAAAUCUGAAGAGAUGCGAGCAGGAAGAAGAGACUAAACCAGGCCUGAAGAACGAUGCGACAGGCAUGAUGGAGGUCGAGUCCUCCUACUCGGACUUCAUCUCUUGUGACCGGACAGGCCGUCGGAAUGCGGUCCCUGACAUCCAGGGAGACUCGGAGGCCGUGAGUGUGAGGAAGCUGGCUGGAGACAUGGGCGAGCUGGCACUGGAGGGGGCAGAAGGACAGGCGGAGGCAGGUGCCCCAGACAAGGAGGCUAGCAACCAGCCUGAGAGCAGUGACGGGACCACCUCAUCUUGAGUCUGACCUUGCCCAAGGAGGCUGGAAGAGAGACCUGCUGUCCCCACCUGGACAGGGAGUCCUGGCACUGGCCCGACAGCCUCUUCUGAGCCCCGUGUUCCAGCCAAGCAAGGUCAGACUGAGGCACCCCCAGAGGCCCUCACCCUGGGAAGGCCCUCUGCCCAUACCCACAGGCUCCACGCUACCACCUCCUCACCGUGCCCAGGUACACUUUUAAGACACUAUAACCACAGGAUGUUAUUUAUUCAUUGGGCACUGAGACUCAGGGGCUGGGUCCUGCUCACCUGGGUGAGCAGCCCCCCACGGCAGCUCCUCUCCUAGGCGACCUGGGCAGGGACCAUGUCCCAGUUCUGCCCCCUCGUCUCCAAAACCAACCGUCUAGGUCAAGACCUUCUGAUCUGAUCCCUUUUUAAAAAAAGAAACUUUAAAAAAUUAUAAACCUUUUUCAGCAGAGAGGGAAGGAGCUGACAAUUCACUUUUUUGUGAAAGCCAUUUUAAUCUAAAUUCUGCGCGUCUACGCAGCUCUGAGGUUCCCUCUUGGAGCUUUACAGAUCCAGUUUUAGGGAAGGGAUUUUUGUGCUCAAAACUACCUGAUCAACUCUGUCCUUCCUUUCUACCAAGAUAAAUAACACCUGGGACCCAGGAAAUAAAUGCUGGUGAUUUGUGUGA